AUGCUGCGUGUGGAUUUGGAAGACUUUGAAGGAAACACAACUUAUGCCGAGUAUAACACGUUUGACGUCAAGAGUGAGAAUGACAAGUACAGACUGGUUCGCGGUUCCUAUUCAGGAAACGCUAGUUCCUCUCUCCCUCAUGAUCGGCCAUUCACCACUAGCGAUCACGAUAAUGAUCAUCACAGAAACCGUAACUGCGCCAUUGCGUUCAAAGGAGCCUGGUGGUACAGCGCGUGCCAUGCGUCAAAUCUCAAUGGCUUGUAUCUUCGUGGCAAUCACUCUUCCUAUGCUGAUGGUGUGAACUGGAAAGGCUGGAAAGGUUAUCAUUACUCCCUCGAGAGAACCGAGAUGAAAAUAAGACCAGUGAAUUUCUGA